AUGAUUUAUCAUUUGCUAUUUUUGUCGCUGACUGCCGUUAUUGUAACAGCGCAGAAUGCUGGGUACGCACCCUUGAGAGCGAUAGUUAAACUUUCGAGUCCCGACGGUCGUGAUGUCAAUGGGAAUAUUACCCUCACUCAGCUGGAGGGCAGGGUGCUUGUUGAAGGUUCUAUCUACGGUAUGCCUCCGGGACAAUACGGCUUCCACGUACAUGAAACUGGAGACAUAACUAGAGGCUGUAUUUCCACUGGGUCGCAUUUCAAUCCUGAGAAGCAAGACCACGGCCAUCCCAGCGACGCGGUCCGUCAUGUUGGUGACUUGGGGAACAUUGAAUUUGAUAUGAAUAGAAUCAGUAACAUCCAUUUCGAAGACAAAUUGAUCGCUUUGUACGGUCCCCAUAAUGUUCUUGGUAGAGCGAUUGUUUUACACGAAAAGGCUGAUGACUUUGGAAGAUCUGACCAUCCUGACUCUAGGAAGACGGGCAACGCUGGUGGAAGGGUCGCCUGUGGAGUCAUCGGCAUCCUGUAA